GUUGAAUUCUUUUCCUCUCCUUCCCCACAAAUACACCACCAUUUCUCUCUCUCACUACAGUUUUGGAUGAGAGAAGGAAUAGAAAAACAAUCCCAUCACCCACCAAAAAACUUACUUGUUCUACCUUUUUUAGAAAACCCCAAACCAAUAUCCUUUCAGCUUCAGAAAUCCAAAAAAAAAUCUCUUCUACCCUUCAAACAAAAACAUCCAAUCUCCACAGACAAAGUCUCCUCAGAUCUUGUUCCCAAUCUCAUCAAAAUUCCAUCUUUUACCCUUUCCCCCACUCCCUCUGCUGGUUACAAUCCCAAUAUCACUGCCUUUAUAUAAGCAAAGGGGAAAGGAAAAAAAGAGCAGCAGCUACAACAACAACAAACCCUAGAACAACCCUAGAACAACCUUUGAGGAAAAGAAGGGAGGAUGGAGUUCUCAAGCAGUAGUGGCAGCAACAUGAUGAACAACAACAACCAUCUGCAGGGUGCAGCAACUUCUUCUUCAAGCAGCAGAUACGAGAAUCAAAAGCGCCGUGACUGGAAAACCUUUGGCCAAUAUCUCAACAACCAUCGCCCUCCACUGGCCCUCUCAAGAUGUAGCGGAGCCCACGUCCUGGAGUUCCUCAGGUACUUGGAUCAAUUUGGUAAGACGAAAGUCCACGCCCCAAUUUGCCCUUUCUAUGGGCUACCGAAUCCUCCAGCGCCAUGCCCUUGCCCGCUGCGCCAAGCGUGGGGGAGCCUCGACGCUCUAGUCGGGCGCCUUCGAGCUGCCUUCGAAGAGAACGGCGGCAAGCCAGAAGCAAACCCGUUUGGUGCUCGAGCCGUGAGGCUGUAUCUUCGUGAGGUUCGUGAUUUGCAGUCMAAAGCAAGAGGAAUUAGCUAUGAGAAGAAGAGAAAGCGUCCACCUUCACAGUUGCCCUUGCCUCAACAAACGCCUCAUGGUGCAGCUUGAUGAUAAUUCAAAACAAGACCACAACAAAGGAAGAAAAGGAAAAGAAAAGAAAUUUCCCAAUUGGGUAUUGCUCUAAACCUUUUCUUAAAUGAUGGAUUUUGUUUUAAUUUCUAUUUUGUAUCUUCUUUUCUAAGAAUAAGUACUUGCGGUUUUUUUUUCUUUUUCUCUCUACUAUGGGCUAGGGUUUGGGAAAAUUUGAAGCUUUUUUGUUCUUGAUGAAUAAAUUAUUAUUUUUUUUCUCUCUGAAAAAGUUUCUAAGACUACUGUGUAAAGUUGUAGAUCUCUGCUUUUGAUGCAAAUACUAGCAGUGUUACUAUUUGUACACUUGUGCUCCUCGUUUGUAAAUCUGUACUCUCCAGUGAUAUUCAUAUGUAUGCUAAAACCCCAUUGGAUUUGCCA